AUGGCUUCGGUGACCUCCCUGGGCGUCCACACGCCUUCAGCACUUCCAUUUCUCAUUGCAGAGAACAUUCUUCCAGCGGACCCACCGGAUGAUGCAUUUACAUGGCGAUCCUUUCAAGGUCCGAGCCUCGAAGACAAUGUGGAGGAGGAGGAACUCGUGACUACGAAAUCCUGCGUUGUCUGGUCUAGAGCAGGUGUAAUACAACGGGUUUUCCGCUUCGACGUCGAGGGCGAGCCAGUUACACAAGCCGUGUUUGCACUGUUCCCAAACCAAACAUUGAAGCACCUACAAGUUUCCGGUGAUUCCAAUAUAUCACCUCACCAUGACCGGAGACAGCGUACAGUGAAUGACGAGCCCAAUGUCAGGACACAGAGAGCAUCAAACUCGAGAUCAGGACCAAAAAGGGGACAGAAGGAUGGUCCCGAAAAAGAUGGAAGGGUGCAGAACCAACUACCUGCGCGUAGCCAACGGGAUGACCAGUUUCUAGAAGGUCGAGCCCUCGUCAUUGUGCUGAAAACUCAAGCCCAUGUUUUCUUCUUCUCCGAGACAAGCCAUAUCGUGCAUCUACCGUUCGAGGUCGAUGCUGUCUUCCCUUGCAUUUAUGGCAUACUGCUACAGAGAAAAAUUCCCGAGAAGGAAACAGUACCGCCAACUCCUCAAAUACCGUCUGUGCCAAAUAACUCUUUUGCGUUUUCUCAAGCGACCUUCUCAAGCCCAAUUUCAAGACCACAAGGAUAUCAAACCCUCGCCGAAGUUUCCUCAGCACAACAUCAUGACUCUCCAAUCAUAUCACUCCUACACGGACUUCUGCAGCGAUCAGCUCAGGCUCCAGAUAUAUCGCUUCCAAAACUGUUCUGUCUCACUGAUCCUCUUACCGAAAUUGGUACCGUGGCCACAAACGUAGGACCCAACGUCAAGAGCACAGGGAAGAUAAAUUCGCAAAGCACAUCCGCGUUUGGGGCCCUCGGAUCAGAAGAAAAUCUCCUUUACGUUUCGUCUCGAGAUGAAUUGUCUCAGCGUGCUCCGGAUCCCUCGAUCAGAGGACCACUUGCUCUUGCAGUGACUGAAAAUCACGAGACUGGCAUUCUUAGUAUCUGGACCGUCAGAUACGUCGAUCGUGGAGCUGCAAGCUCCUUGCGUGGUCAACCAAACCCGACUCCGACUCCGACUCCGACUGCGACUGGCGCCAGGUCUCGUCGCCGAAGUUCGUAUGGGCCUGGAAUAGGCACGGGCACUUCAACCCCUAUCGCUAGAGGAGCUAUUGGUGGACGCGAGAGUUUCGGUGGUGGAAGAAACUACCGUCAUUCUAGCAUGGAUACAACAUUGGAAGAAUACUCGAUAAGUGAUCAAAAUGACCUAUUGGAUUCAGCUUUCGGCGAUCCUGCUAUGCCGGCCAAGUCCUCCAGGCGAGUUAGUGGAUUGCUUGCAAGGGCAGAUCUUUCCACGACUCACGACAGAUCAACAUUCACCGACCUCGCGGGCGCUCAUGCUGGGAGGAAAAGUGGACGUAAAGGAGCUUCAUUUGGACCCAACGGCGCGCGGCUGAGCGUUGGUCCGGAUGCUGUAGCCAUGGAUACGAGACCACAGACUCUUCAUGGAAUAAGAAAUAGCUUUGACGCGGUCAGUCUGCACGAACCCCCAUUUGAUGACAUGGCACACGAGCUUGAUGACUUUCAUGACAUGAGUCUGGACAAUCCAGCCUUGCAGGAAGCCGUACGGGGCUUGCGUAAGGAAGUCGUCUUCCACAAAAUCUACAGUAUGCCUAGCGAAGGCCGUAGGCUUGAAAAAACCGGCCCCCAACCAAGCGGUCCUGCACGUGAAAUCAUAACAAUGAGGUCACCCGAUGCUAGCCUUGGGGAUGCGACUGACGACGCCGCGAUUGUUGUUUGUCUCGUUGACCGAGCGUCUCACGAAUUACUGGUCCUACAAAUCACCGUGCAUCCACGUUACACUAGCAACAGACAUCAAAACGUACAUGGCGGGGCUAGAAUUGUCCAUCAAGGGUAUAGAGUCCACGUGAGUGGCAUGACAAGACGAUCUGGGGUUAUCGACGCUUGCAAGAUUGAUGAUGGUUCCUGCGCCCGGAUUUUGGUACUCGAGAGUAGCAGCGAUGGCAUGGGAGUACUGUCCUUGCAAGCUCCAUGGAGUUGCCUCCGAAAGAUUGAACUCCCUCCCAGUCUCUGCCUCCACAAUCCCUACCAGAUAAGUAGCGAUGUCAUCUUGAGACAAAGACGUGAGGGGGGCUUCAAGAGAAGAUUUAGCCGGGGACCACAAGCCUUGGUCGCCCUUCAACAUCCAAGUUGUCAAGGACGUGUGGAUGUGAUGGACUCCGGUGGCACAAGACAUCGCCUGAAGGUACAACUCAGACCACGCAACGCAGUGGUACAGAAGAUGAUAAAAGUUGCUGAGUCGGUUCUACCAUCCUCGGAUGCAGACGGAGAGGCCAUUCUGCGAGGCUGGUGGGACACGUUAUCAUUUGUACAGUCUCGUUCGGAAAAAGAAAUCGAUACCGAAUGGACGGCUAUGAUUGUCCUUCUUUUCUCCAUGGCAAUUGCUUUGAUUGGAGACCGGCACACAGAGGCUGCCACGAGACAGAACAGACGCAAAGGUGGUCUACUCAGAUCUAGUAGCGGAGCGAACACCGAUCUAGCGAGCUGGGAAGCUAUGUUAAAUCAGGAAGGAGGGCCCUCGAGCACCUGCCCAGCGUGGAUGCAGGUCGGAGGCUGGGAGUGGACGGCAAAGGAAAGCGUCGUGUUACAUGCAUCCCUUCCUACAAGAUCGAAAUCUUCAAGCUCUUUCAUCCCUUCCGUCGCUCCUGCGGUACCUAUUCCAAAGAAAUCUCCGUAUCUCCUUCACUGCAUUUCCAUCGCUCGGGAUUUUAUCAAGUCGCCCAUUGGGCAAAUAGCAAACGGUGAACAUGGCUAUCUCCCCACUGCAUCAUCAAGGGAUCCGGACGUUCGCCGUACUGCUCUGGCUUCCAUCCUGGUCGGCCUUCAUCUUCUGCGUGAAGAAUUCAAAUUGGACACCUUGGCUUCGGAAGCUCUUCAUGACCUUACACCCAUCCUUGCACAGAUUGGCAGCUGGCUUGGUUGGGACAACUGGGGACUCAAACAAUCCUCUUAUUAUAUGCUGGAGGCCACUAAUCUGGAGGCCUGGCUUUUUGAUGAUUCUGUAAUUACUGGCAUGCGAAUCCCUCCUGAGCCAUUUCUACCACAUUCGAUACUGCAAUUCAUCGAGACGACGAACGUGAAAGCCGAGACAGCACCCUUCAUCUCACUUCUUGACGUGGCAAGCUCGCCAGAAGUUGAGGUCGCGGGCAAACGCUCCGCUGAAGCUUCAGCAAAACUCUUGUUGGAGCUCACUCCAAGAACAGUGGCUAUUAAAAAUCUCCUUACCUCACACACACUAGAGACAACUGAACGCCGAGUUGCAAACAUGUCGGCCUGGGGGUGGAACCCAUCAAUUUUAGAAACCCUUCCAGAAAGCGUGGCUGUCUCUUUUCGUGCAGCGAUCUCGACUUGUCAAGGCCAACCCUCAACGUCAUGGGGCAGUGACAUCCUUGAGGUUGUUGGUAGGGAAGAUGUAGCUAUGCUCGAGCACGAGGGACGCACAACGAGGCGACACGGAAAAUACGCCAAUCCUUCUUCUAAUGACGCGAUAAGAGACGUCCAUAGCAUUUGUCAAUCAACACUUGAAGUCGAAACUGUUGGGCCGUUUGAUGGCUCCGCCGAGCUUGAUAGACAAGCAGUCACUCGCUUACUGUUCAAAGAGGACCAGCGCUUUGCCGAAGCUGCAAGGCUUGUGCAUCCGCUCCUGCACCCUGUGGCUCGAUGCACGCCUGAGCCUGAGUGGUCUGAUACGGAUUUGCUAGAAGCCCAACAAGAGCUAGUGAAAGUGAUAGCAGUGCGAACGCUGUCUGUAUCACUAGGCCGGGGUCUACUUUUUUAUAGCGCUCGCUUACCUCUUCUCACCGAGAAAUUCCCUAUCCACGGCUUUACUUUAAGCUGCGUCAUGAAGCCCUCUGAUACGACAGUCACAGCGGAUCGGAACACCUAUACAGAAGAGAAGACCUCUUGGGCGUUCUUUCACGCCGGUGUUGAAGCUGGCUUGAGCAUCUCAAAGAACGCUAAUGGCAUCGACACGUCGUGGAUACUUUUUAACAAGCCUCGUGACCUCCAGACCAGGCACGCAGGAUUCCUACUUGCAUUGGGCCUUAACGGGCACCUCAAAUCCAUAGCCAAAUGGGUCGCUUUCAAGUAUCUGACACCAAAGCAUACGAUGACCUCCAUUGGGCUUCUCCUUGGGCUUUCAGCAUCCUAUCUUGGCACGAUGGAUACUCUUAUCACGCGCUUACUUUCAGUCCACGUGACUCGAAUGCUACCACCAGGGGCUGCUGAGCUCAAUUUGUCUCCGUUGACUCAGACCAGCGGAAUCAUGGGCAUAGGUCUUUUGUACUGCAAUUCUCAGCAUCGUCGUAUGAGUGAAAUCAUGAUUUCGGAAUUGGAAAAUGUCGACCAGGAAGAUAAUUCACAUCCUUUUGAUAACCUCCGAGACGAAGGCUAUAGACUGGCUGCAGGCUUUGCGUUGGGCUACAUCAACCUAGGUCGGGGCAAAGAUCUAAAAGGGUUGCAUGAUAUGCACAUUACGGAAAGGUUGUUGGUAAUUGCCAUUGGUUCGAGGAAAGUCAGCAUCGUACAUAUACUUGAUAAAGCAACAGCAGCUGCCACUGUCGCCAUCGCCCUCAUCUUUAUGAAGACCAACGAUGAAGCCCUUGCCCGGAAAGUUGACGUACCUGAUACUCUUCACCAAUUUGAUUAUGUGCGACCAGAUAUAUUCUUAUUGAGGACAGUCGCUCGGCACCUUAUCAUGUGGGACGAUAUACAACCUACGACCAGAUGGAUGAAGAAACAACUUCCGCUGGUAUACCAGCAAAAACACAAGCUGACUACCAUUCGCAUUCUUACCAGCGAAGAUAUGCCGUUCUUCAACAUUGUCGCCGGUCUUUGUCUCAGCAUCGGUCUUCGAUUCGCAGGUUCGGGGUCUCUAGAAGUCCGAAGUAUGCUUUGUCACUACAUCGACCAGCUUAUGCGUAUCUGCAAGCUACCGACGCUGAGUUACGAUGGCAAACUUGCUCGUAUCACUGUCCGUAACUGCCAAGAUGUCGCAGUGCUCGCAGCAUGUUGCGUGAUGGCCGGUACAGGCGACGUACAUAUCUUCCGUCGCCUCCGAUCUCUUCACGGCAGGACCGAUGCAGAUACACCAUUUGGCAGCCACCUCGCAGGACACUUCGCUAUUGGCAUCCUCUUCAUGGGUGGUGGAACCCAUACCUUUGGCACUACUAACAUAGCUACAGCAUCACUGCUUUGUGCUCUCUAUCCUCUUUUUCCAAACGCUGUGCUGGACAACAAAUCGCAUCUCCAAGCCUUCCGCCAUUUCUGGGUUUUGGCCACCGAGCGCCGCUGUUUAAUACUGCGGGAUGUUGACACGCACCGACCUGUGUCACUGCCCAUCAUUGUUACCCUUCGCACUGGCACGGAAGUUGCAAUGCAUGCACCAUGCCUUCUGCCAGAGAUCGAGACGAUUGCCAAAAUCCAAACAAAUGACAAGGAACACUGGACCGUUACUCUCGACCUUGCACAAAAUUCUAUCCACUACGACGCAUUCAAACGUCAUCAAAGCAUAUAUGUGCGCCAUUGCGCUGCAUACGAUGCCCACGCUUCAGUCUUCAGUGCCACAAUGCAGGCACUCAACGACGCACAGUCAACCCACCAGCUAGGUAUACAGGCUUUCAGAUGGAUCUUCGCUUUGCCUACUUUAGCAGAAUUUAACCGAGCGGAGCAAGCACUUGUGUUACCUGCUGACGCGGGCAGUGUGGUCCACAGAGGUACGAGAGGGACUGUUAUAGAUGACAGGCUGGUGCUGGAAAGGGCCUGUAUGGGAAGCGGGAUGAGGGAGAGGCUCUGGAAUCUGAGAAUACUGUUGGCGUGGGCGGACGGAUUGAGCAGGCGUGGGGAGGAAUGGAGAUGGAUUGGUAAGGAGGUUGUUGAGAGGUUAAGAGCAGGACUUGCAAUGAGAAGGAGGCAAGCGAAGGCGACGUAA